CGUUCGUGGAGUGAAUAAAGCAGGGUCCCUUCCUCCCAAGCUACAUCUGCUGAUAUGGCGCAUGUCGUUCAGCGAAUGGACCAACCGUCCAACUAUAAGGACUCACAAAACAGAUCAAUGGACAGAUCCACGCAACAAGACCUUCUGACAAAGUCAACAACCUUAUAUAUUGGUAAUUUAAGCUUCUACACCACAGAGGAACAAAUAUACGAACUCUUCUCAAAAUGUGCUAGCCCAGAGGAUGGCGGCGGAAUAAAACGCAUAAUCAUGGGUUUGGAUCGUAACACAAGAACACCAUGCGGUUUUUGCUUUGUGGAAUAUUACACGCAUGCAGAAGCACUUGCUAGCCUCAAGUACGUCAGCGGGACGAAGUUAGACGAGCGGAUAAUUCGAUGUGACUUAGACCUGGGGUACGCUGAAGGAAGGCAAUUUGGCCGUGGCCGAAGUGGUGGACAAGUGCGCGACGAACAUCGACAAGAUUAUGACCCAGGACGCGGCGGUUGGGGUGCUCAAGCUCAGAGGCUUGAAAUUGAGCGACGCCGUGAAGUCGAGGAGCGCUAUGCGGAUGCAAGAGAGGGUCCUGGUGCCGUUGCUGGAGGUGGAGAGGAAUGGAAACAAGUGGAGAGUAGUGCCGAUAGUACUCUUAAGAGAGGAAGGUCACCGGAAGACGAAGGCGACAAUGAACGAAAUAUGCACCGCUCGCGCUUGGAAGAUGUGGACACUGAUAGAAUGUAAAAUAGAUAUGAUUAUUCUACGGCUCUAUAUUAGUGAGACAGUAACGUUAACACCCAGCCCUAGGUGUGCGUGCUGCUUAGUAUAUCACUCGAGCUCGAAUCUGCCACUUUGACCCUUUGUCAACCUCGUACUCAGACAUAUGCAUGGACCGGACGAUACGAUGUGCCUCCGCCAUUGACGCAGCGCGAACUAGGAAUUUUGAGUACAUGCUAUAGGCAUUGCUUGACGUAUCCCUGCGGCGGAUGAGCAUCGGCGACCAAGAAUAAGGGGAAACUAUACAUGUCAAGCUUCAGCACCUCCCGUUUCCCGCCUGCGGUCCCUGCUAGCCGAAACCCGUGCAUAUGCUUCCUUACCUCCUCCGCCGAGAGUUUUCCUGGAAAGCCCCAAAUUACAACAUGUGUCCCCAGGGAGAACACUCCACCGCGAGGUCCAUUACCAUUCAUUCCCUUGUUCGACCUUGCUUGAUC